UGUAAGACGUGACUCAUCGCGAUCUGCCAAGGUCUGCAACAUGUAAAGUAUAUAAAAGCUUCAUCUUGGCUAUCGGUAACAAGGAUUUUGGAUAGACUUAUGGACUCCAAUAUGGAACGAGAGCUCACAAUGGCGCGAGAGCAUCUCCACGAUGUCCAACGAGAACAACGCGCAGAAUCAGAUUGGUAAGGCGAUAUUGACUGGGACAUGGAAGCGAUAUACCAAGCUCAUCGUAAAGGUCUAUGGGGACCGGUUCCAAAACCACAAGACUGCAGGUCGACAUUGCUUCAUCGUACGCGAAUUUCCUUAACGGAUAAUUCGUGCGACGCCUUUCCGUCAACCUCUGCUAACUGCGAAUACAGCGAAUUGGACUCUGCCAUCCUCGCCUAUUCAAAAGCCUGGAACCGUGCCUUCCACACUGAGAUGUGCUCCCGCCUCCCGCGAGAAGUGCGAGAUAUGAUUUACGCCCAGAUCUGGGACGGUAACUACCUAUAUGAUACAUAUAGUGGUAUGAAAACACACUUCCAGACGCCUUGCUACUGGUCCGAAGUAUUCUCCAACGACAGGCCAUACCUUCCACACGUGGUCAAGCGUGAGUUUGUAGGGCUCAAAGCAACAAGAGAGAUAGUGGAGGCAUGGUAUACGGCUAUGGAAGGCGUACCGACACACUACCACCCCAGAAUGGUUAUGAGGAAGGCUAACGACAUUGACUUUCUGUUUGCAGAUCCGUUCGGCACCCAUAUCGAGCCGGUCAAAUUCCUACGAAAGCUGAAAAUCAUAUUGAACAUCAAUCAGCUUGCGCUAGAAGACGGCGGAUCCAUCGAUGUGGAGUCACGGAUGAAGCAGUUUGCGCCUCUGCUAACCAUCAGGAAGAAGAAAGGGUUCAGGAUGACAGUUGUGCUCAGCCAGCAAAAAGUUAUACUCAACCUCUGGCCUGUAGUUUUCAGUGUCUUCAAGCCGACCCUCGAGGCAUUUGAGAAGGAAGGCGGCCACGUAAGGAUCUGCUUCAACCACCACUCGCCACACGCUAGUGAUUACUACCUAAGCCCCGAAUGCACGUCCAUGCUUAAAGACAUUGAUCCAAACGAUCAAAAAUGGAAAGCAACGUUCAUUAAGAGAUUUGAUGAUGAGCUGGAGUGGUAGGCGUGGACUCGGUAGCUUCUCCGCAGAAACGAUUCGUCGUACGAGUUCCGCCAAUUGGCCUAUCCACCCGAUUCUGAAGAUGGGUACUCAGCUUUACGAAAUUGACUUGGACCUCAUCCUCAAUAGAUCGCUCUGAGUACGGGAUUGUGUGUCUAGGUUCUUACUAUGUGCCGGAGGAAGAGUGUACUGAGAAACAUAACGGUGAAGAGUAUCUCAGCAACGAGGUACACCAAUCCAUGCCACGAAGAUCCUAUGUUUUGUGAGGCGGAAAAGAUACUCCCCAUUAUAGGUCCCGAGAAAAGUGUCGCUGCCAUGUCAAGCGCUGCUAUGAAGGUGAAUAGUCUGCCUGUUACGCUUGGAUCUACAAGAGCGACUGCGAGCCCUUGCACAGUGGGUUCUAGGCCCUCUG